AUGUCCGACUCCCAGCUAGGAAGCCCGAAGACUGAUCACCCAUACCCCGCACCCGCGCGGCGCGGACCCAGCAACAGUGUUUCUGGAAAAACGUGGACGGUCUUGGGGAUUUCUGUGGGCGUAUCGCUCCUUGCUGUUUUGCGUGGGCUGUCCACUCCUUCCAACCCCGGCUUCUACGCUGUCUGCGCCGAGCCGGGCCACGUAUACACCGUCGACGAUCACAACUCGCUCGCUGACUGCAUCGUCGUUAAUAACUCUCGUAUUGCCAAAGUUCUGUCCCUCGAUGAGACACGUAAAAUUCAAGGCUUGAGUGUCAAGUAUGUCCCGCCCGGUGCCAUCGUACUCCCCGGACUGAGUGAUUCACACGGACACAUACUGGAGUAUGGUGCCAGCAGACAGCUGCCCCUCGAAGGCACGGCGUCAAUCGAUGACACUGUUGCGCGUGUUCGACAAUAUAUUCUCAAUACUCCGUCAAUCUUGAAUGACACCAAUGCGUUCGUGCGCGGUGGGGGCUGGGAUCACACACAGUGGCCCGGCGCCGCCUGGCCGACGGCGCGCCAUUUGGACGCUGACCCGGUUAUUCGCGGGCGCCCUGUCGUCCUUCAAUCCAAAGAUUGCCACGCCCUCUGGGUGUCGUCACGCGCGCUCGAGCUCAGUACGGCGCGCUUUCCCGCCGAUUUAGUAGUCGACGGCGGGAUCAUCUUGACUGACGAGAAGGGAAAGCCGAGCGGUGUCCUGCUCGACAACGCGCAGGAGCUUCUCCUGGCACCAGAACUCACCGAAGAAGACCUUAUCGGACGAUUCAAUGUCGCCAUGAAAGAUGCGUUGGCGUAUGGACUGACGUCCAUUCACGACGCUGGACUGGACCCGGCAUCAUUAGCCUUCUUCCUCCGUCAGGCAGAGCGUGGAGAGCUCCCGCUUCGAAUCUAUGGAAUGCGAUUCUUCGAUGAGACGGCGCCCUAUUGGGGCAACACCUCGCAUCCUUUCAUCGGAGAAGCUAACGGACGCCUCACUUCGCGCAGCGUCAAGAUAUUCGCAGACGGCGCUCUACGCACUGGUGGCUCCGCACUUUAUGAACCAUAUGCGGACAACCCAAGCACGAGUGGAUUCAUGCGGCUAGACGCAGACGUGCUCUUCGAGUUCAUUCCCCGUUUUCUGCGCGACGGGUGGCAGGUGAACGUUCACGCCAUUGGGGACCGUGCGAACGGUAUCGUGCUCGAUGCAUUCGACGAGUCGCUAAAAAAAACCGGAGUCGACCCAGCGGUGCUCCGCCCGCGCUUGGAACAUGCACAGCUUAUGACAAAGGAAGAUAUGAAACGUCUUGGGGGCCUGGGCGUGAUCGCCAGCGUCCAGCCCACACACGCGAUCAGCGACAUGUGGUAUGCCCAGGACCGUCUCGGCCCCGAGCGGGUCAAAGGCCUUUAUGCCUUCCGCUCUAUUAUCGACAGCGGGGCGAGACUUACACUGGGCUCAGAUUUCCCGGUUGAAACGAUGAAUCCCUUGGCCGGAUUUUAUGCGGCGAUAACACGCAUCUCGCUCGACGGAAAGUCGCCGCACGGACCGGGCGGCUGGUUCCCUGAAGAGCGGCUGACCCGCGUCGAGGCGCUGCGGGGGAUCACAAUCGACCCGGCAUACGCGUCUUUCACCGAGAGCGAUCUCGGCUCGCUCGAGGUCGGCAAGCGUGCGGACUUCGUCGUGCUCUCGAAAAACAUCAUGGAGAUACCGGCAGAGGAAAUUUUGAUGACCAAGACGUUGGCGACGGUGAUUGACGGUGCGGUGGUUUAUGGGAAGGUGUAA